AUGCACCGUGCUCUUCACUCUCCUCUUCCCUGCCCCUCUCUCCUCUUCCCAUUGUUUCAGCCCUUCUCCCAGCGCUGCCGCUACCUGAUGCUGGCGGCAAUUGCAGAGCAGCUGAGCAGGCAAACAUUAUCCCCCUUUUCCCUGCCCUCUCCCAUCCUUUCUUCCUUCCUGCAGCCCUUCUCCCAGCGCCGCCGCUACCUGGUGCUGGCAGCAGUGACGGAGCAGCUGAGCAAUGCGCGGGUCCACCUGGUGGAGGCUGCAAGGCUGGCGAAGAGAACGGGGCGGAUCCUGGUGCUGCCUAAGGGAGCCAACAGCCGCAUCUCCCUCGGCCGGUCCCUCCCCAUCUGCUCCUACUGGGACAUUUCCCGCUUUACCCCCUACGAGUGGGUGUCCCCGGAGUUCUACCUCCUCACAGCGCGGGCAACCCUCUCACGUCCCUCUGUGGGGUUUGUGUGGGUGCAGUCGCCCAACAUGAUCGUGAAGGGGCCAUUCCAGGCGGGAAUGGUGGUGGGGGUGGGGGGGAACGUGGGGGGGGACGCGGGGGGCAACAGGGGGGUAAGGGGAGGCAGGGGCGUGGGAGGGGAGAGGGGAGUGAUGGCGGCGCUGCUGGUGCAUGCGCUGGGGCAUGUGCCGUGUGCCGCCAACACUCUCGAUGUUACCAUGCCUGCUCGCAGCGAUGCCAUUGUCAACAUGCUGCAUGCAUGCGGAUAUGGGGAUGGGUAUUAUAUGGGGAUGGAUGGGGAUGGGGAUGGGGAUGGGGAUGGGGAUGGGGAUGGGGAUGGGGAUGGGGAUGGGGAUGGGGAUGGGGAUGGGGAUGGGGAUGGGGAUGGGGAUGGGGAUGGGGAUGGGGAUGGGGAUGGGGAUGGGGAUGGGGAUGGGGAUGGGGAUGGGGAUGGGGAUGGGGAUGGGGAUGGGAUAUGGGGAUGGCCCCAUGUGCAUGCAGGAGGGGCAAAGACGAGGAGGGAGAAGGACGUCAUCAUAUGGGUGAAGCACGGUCCCUCGCGGGUGGACUUCCCCAUCCCCUCAGACCGCAUUGCACUGCGCCAGCUUCCCUACAGCACCCCUCUUCACCGCACAGCACAGCGCAUCGUUGCCCGCCUGCCCAAGCCCCUCAUUGCCGUGCAUUACCGCUCCGAGUGGAUCGCGUAUAGAGUGGCCAUCUUCUCCUGCCUGCCCAAGCCCUUUAUUGCCGUGCCGUGCGCUACCGGUCCAAGUGGAUUGCUUAUAGAGUGGUUCUCAUUCAAGUACUCUGACCUCUCCUCACGCCUUGAAACUACUGUGCCGUCUCAACCAGGCAAGGGCAGGGAACAAGGCGCCGUAUGGUCCGAGCGAUGUGGGGAAGAGCGUGCAGGUGAUGCGGUGGCAAAGACGAUUGGCAAGGCGCCGUACGGGCAGAGCGACGUGGGGAAGGGCGUGCGGGUGAUGCGGUGGUGUGCAGAGCAGGCAGUGCAUGCCAUCCUGCAGGCUCAGCAGAAUAGCAGCGCCAACAGCAGCGCCAACAGCAGCACCGCCAACAGCAGCGCCAACAGCAGUGCCACAUCAGUCUACAUUGCAGCCGACGUUCCUUCCACUGCACCUGUUCCUCCCCCAAACGACCCCUCUCCGGAUGGUCUUUUGAGGACGAGUCACCUUCCAGAUGGCCCUUCGCCAGAUGCCCCGUCCCCAGAAGGCCCUUCUGUCAUAGCCUCUUCCCCAGGUGGCCCUUUGGAGCAUGGGUGCUCCACCCUCGCCAUAUCUCAUGGCACCAUACACUCUGCCUCCUGGGCCAGCACCAUAGGAGCAUACGGAGGCGUGGGGAAGGAACGAGAGAGGCUUGUGGACGCGGCAGUGCAGGGGUUGCAGUUGAUGAGGCGGUCUAUAAAGGGGACGGUGAUGAUAGAGGAGCUGCUGCCAGAAGCCGGUUCAUAUGACCCUGGAAUGCUGGCGAUUUUGGAUAAACUGGUUUGUGCACAAGCGGAUUAUUUUGUUGGAGGAACGGUGGUUUGUGGAGGAAGGAGAGGUUUUGAAAGCGACAUUCUCCAGCAUCGAGCACUUAUAAAGAACGUGACACAAGAGAGGGAUCUUAGAUGGGGCACUGAGGAUCUUCCAUCAGAGCUAUAA